AUGCUGCUCAUACUCCUGCUGGCAGCCUUUUCUUCUUCUAUCUCCGGCUCCCUCUCCUCCUCCCUCUCCUCCCCCUCCAUGUCGGACGGACCCCCGAUGGCAGACCCGUCCACCUCGGACCUAAUGGCCGAGACCUGCAGCGCCUGCUCCUGCAUGUCUGUGGAGAAUGUGCUGUACGUCAACUGUGAGAAGAUCACCGUCUACCGACCCACGCAGCUCUACCCACCGGCCUCGUCCCUUUACCACCUCAACUUCCAGAACAACUACUUAAUCAUACUUUACCCAAACUCAUUCCUGAACUUCACCCACGCUGUGUCACUGCAGCUGGGGAACAAUAAACUGCAGAACAUCGAAGGUGGCGCCUUCCUGGGGAUGAGUGCAUUGAAACAGCUGCACCUGAACAAUAAUGAGUUAAAGGUGCUGCGAGCGGACACUUUUCAAGGGAUAGAAAACUUGGAAUACCUUCAGGCUGACUACAACUUGAUAAAAUAUAUUGAAAAGGGAGCAUUUAACAAACUGCACAGGCUAAAAGUGCUAAUUCUGAAUGAUAAUCUUGUACAGGCACUACCUGACAACAUAUUUCGCUUUGCCUCACUCACCCACCUGGAUAUAAGGGGAAACAGGAUCCAGAAGCUUCCCUAUUUGGGUGUUCUGGAGCAUAUAGGGCGCAUAGUAGAGCUGCAGCUGGACGACAACCCCUGGAACUGUACCUGUGAUUUAGCACCUCUCAAAGCAUGGCUUGAAAACAUGCCAUAUAAUAUUUUCAUCGGUGAGGCCAUAUGUGAAACACCAAGUGAUUUGUACGGGAGGCUCCUGAAAGAAACCAACAAACAGGAGCUUUGUCCCAUGGGAACAGGAAGUGACUUUGAUGUAAGGAUGCCGCCUGCACCGCCAGAUAAUGACCCCUCCAAAAUGUCUCCGACCACCGGGGCGCCCAUGGCCACAAAAUCGCCAAAAACCACUGACUCAUCAAAGAUAUACGGUAAUGGUAUUGUGGCUGGUUUGCCCCCCUUUGGAAGAAAUAGUCAGAUAGUUUCCUUUCAGACACGGACCCCUCCAUUGAUGUGUCCACAGCCCUGCAGUUGUAAAGCCCACCCAUCUGACUUCGGCAUUAGUGUCAGCUGCCAGGAGAGGAGUAUUAAAAGUCUGGCUGAUCUAAGUCCCAAACCCCUAAAUGCCAAGAAACUUCACCUGAGUGGGAACUACAUCCGUGACAUAAGUCCAGCAGAUUUCCAAGGGUUUGAGGGCUUAGAUUUGUUACACCUUGGCAGUAAUCAAAUUUUCACAGUCCAGAAAGGUGUGUUUUCUAACCUCACUAACCUGAGGAGACUGUAUUUGAAUGGAAACCAGCUUGAAGAGUUACACCCAGAGAUGUUUUUGGGCCUCACAAAUCUACAGUACCUAUAUUUGGAAUACAAUGCCAUAAAAGAAAUCUUAGCAGGCACAUUUGACUCCAUGCCGAACCUCCAACUCCUGUAUCUCAACAAUAAUGUUCUGCGGAGUCUUCCCGCCUAUGUGUUUGCGGGUGUAUCUUUAGCCAGACUGAAUCUAAAAAACAAUCACUUCAUGACCCUACCAGUGAGCGGUGUCUUGGACCAGCUGCAGUCAUUGACCCAGAUAGACCUGGAAGGAAACCCAUGGGAGUGUUCCUGUGAUCUGGUCGCCCUAAAACUCUGGCUAGAGAAGCUAAGUGAUGGAGUGGCCGCCAAAGAGGUGAAAUGUGCCUCCCCGGUGCAGUUCUCCAACGUUGAGCUGCGCCUUUUAAAAAAUGAGAUCCUAUGUCCUAAACUCAUUGCAAGGCCGCCGUUUAUUCAAACUAGCGCCACGCCUGUUUUGACCUCUGUGUCGCCUGCUGGAGUUGGCAAAGCACCACCGGGAGGACCUGUGCCUCUAUCGAUUAUGAUCCUUAGCAUCCUUGUGGUGCUUAUUCUGACAGUGUUUGUGGCCUUCUGCCUUUUGAUCUUUGUCUUGAGGCGGAAUAAAAAACCAGUGGGUAGGCAGGAGGGGCUAGGGAAUCCGGAGUGUGGCUCUAUGUCAUUGCAGCUCCGCAGACACAACCAUAAAUCUGGCAAGAAAGGUUCCAUCCCUGGGGACGACUUAGGAGGCGAGACAUUCAUCCCCCAGACCAUUGAGCACAUUGGCAAGAGCCACACCUGCGGAAUCGGACGCUCCUCCGACAUGGAUGCUGGGUACAAGUUUGCUGAAUCACAGAGGCAGAAAAUCAUCUUCCGGAACACCAGCGAGAAGGAAAAAGAGGCACUCUCCACCCUGGAGCGCAACAAACGCCUCAGCACCAUCGAUGAACUGGAGGAGUUCCUUCCAAACCGAGAGCCCAGCAUGUUCAUUCAGAACUUCUUGGACGGCAAAAGAGAUUUCAACAGCAUAGGGAUGGGUGGGUACGAGAUCCGCUACCCGGACAAAACGCUGGAUAAAAAGAUGAAGAAGUCGUCACUGAUAGGCGGGAAUCACAGUAAGAUCGUGGUGGAGCAGAGAAAAAGUGAGUAUUAUGAGCUGAAAGCCAAGCUACAAGGAACGCCUGAUUACCUGCAGGUGCUGGAGGAGCAGACUGCACUGAGUAAAAUGUAG